CGGGCGCGGGAAGAUGGCGGCAGCGGCGGCGGCGGCGGCGGCUGCGGCGGCCGAGCAGCAAAGUUCCAAUGGUCCUGUAAAGAAGUCCAUGCGUGAGAAGGCUGUUGAGAGAAGGAACGUCAAUAAAGAGCACAAUAGUAACUUUAAAGCUGGAUAUAUUCCAAUUGAUGAGGAUCGCCUGCAUAAAACCGGACUGAGAGGGAGAAAGGGCAAUUUAGCCAUCUGUGUAAUUAUCCUUCUGUUUAUCCUGGCUGUCAUCAAUUUAAUUAUAACACUUGUCAUCUGGGCUGUGAUUCGCAUUGGACCAAAUGGCUGUGACAGCAUGGAGUUUCAUGACAGUGGUCUGCUUCGGUUUAAGCAAGUGUCUGACAUGGGAGUUAUACAUCCUCUUUAUAAGAGCACAGUAGGAGGAAGGCGAAACGAAAAUCUGGUCAUCACUGGCAACAACCAGCCUAUUGUUUUUCAGCAAGGGACAACAAAGCUCAGUGUAGAAAAGAACAAGACUUCUAUUACAAGCGACAUUGGUAUGCAGUUUUUCGACCCAAGGACUCAAAAUAUCUUAUUCAGCACAGACUAUGAAACUCAUGAGUUUCACUUGCCAAGUGGAGUGAAAAGUUUGAAUGUUCAGAAAGCAUCUACUGAAAGGAUUACCAGCAAUGCUACUAGUGAUUUAAACAUAAAAGUUGAUGGCCGUGCUAUUGUGCGAGGAAAUGAAGGAGUAUUCAUUAUGGGCAAAACCAUUGAAUUUCACAUGGGUGGUAAUAUGGAGUUAAAGGCUGAAAACAGCAUCAUCCUAAAUGGCACUGUGAUGGUCAGCCCAGCCCGCCUCCCUAGCUCCUCCAGCGGAGACCCGCCGGGCGGAGGGGACUGGGUGCGCUACAAGCUCUGCGUGUGCGCUGACGGAACCCUCUUCAAAGUGCAGGUGACAGGCCAGAACAUGGGGUGCCAAACUGCAGAUAGCCCCUGCGGAGACACUCGUUAGAAGACCCCGAGAGGUCUCAGUACCCUCACAUUUUGACUUGACUUUUUUUUAAGGGUGGGCAUGCAAAUCAUGUUUUUACAGAGUUUGUGAUAACUUGUAAUUAUUUUGUCUGCAGAGCACUGCUGUAUGUAUUGUGUAAUCUCCAUGUUUAAAAUAUUCUCAGAGAGCCUAAAUCUAAUACAUUUCAUUAAGUUGCACUGAUCUUCAUUUUGCAGUUCUCUAAAAUAAUUGAGAAGGAACACAAUCAAAACUGAUCUUUAAAGCAGUGUUUUUAAAAUUCCACUAUUCCUUGUCUAAAGGUUAAAGGGCUGAAGCAACUGUUUAGACUCACUCUGAGUAAGCUUUGGUAACUAAUGGGGAUAGACCCACUCCGGAUGUUUAAAGGUACACCGUCAAUAAACGUUACAUGCUCUGUC